GACGUCAUUGACGUUGACAGGUAACCAAUCAUUCAAAUUAAGUUAUUUCCAACAAUUUUUAUUUUGGUAUUCCUUACAUUCCCAAUAAUAUUGAGAACAAUUAAAUAUUGUUAAAAUUUAAAAAAAACAAAAACCAAUAUUGUUUAAAGCAGUAAAGUGAAUAUGUUAAUAGAUAAAAUAUGUGUAAAAAAGAAUACGAUCGAUAAAACAUUAGUGCAGUGUUUUUUUGAAAAGUUUUGUUGUUAUCUAAUUUUAAGUUUUAAGAAUGGGUAACACAAGCAAGAAACUAGCAGCAAAAUGCACUUUAUUGACGAAAGAUGAACAGAAGCAUGUUGCAGCCACAUUCAGGGCAGCCAGUAAGAAUUCGGAGAGGAUACGGGAGGAUGAUCUCAUCGUGAGUGGAAAAGUAGAUGCAGUGUCAUUAGAAAAAUUUUGGGGACCCCAAAUCGAUCCCCGGCUGGCGCAGUACUUAACGAAUUUCCUCUUCGGUUCCGGACAAGAGAAGUCGCCCUCGGUCGACUUCAAUCGUUUCGCUGAACUAUAUGUUUAUAAUGUUAGAGGCACUGUCGAUGAAAGAAUGAUGGUCACCUACAACAGUCUCGGGAAAGACUACAAUGAAGAAAUCGAAUUGCCGUAUCAGCUUCUGCGAGAGUACUGCGAAAGCAUAGCCUCGACUUACAUCAAGAUCCUCAAGUCCUCGUCGUCGAAGCGCGCCCAGACCUGGAUCAGCAAAGGGUUCAGGGGUCGGGCGUGCCACGUGCAGGCCCUGGGCGAGGCCGUCGCCGCCAGUAUAGGAGGAGACAUGGAUUCGGCACAGCAUCAUUGUACAGCCAAUCAGUUGUCUAGUUGGUUACAGCAGAACACAUUGCUGAAGCAGUUGGCCGAGCUGGUCUUCGUCAAUCUCUACGGCAUCAACAAGAAGCAAGGCGACGAGAGUCCAACCCCGAUGCCGACGUUGCCAUCGCUCCUACCCCUGCCUGAAGGUCUAGAGUCGAUGCCAGAUUAUCCAGCCUUCAUCGACUUAUCACACAUCGUGUGGCUGAACAGCCACAUACCCCAGAAAUACCAGCACAAGUGGAGGUUCCUGUUCUCCUCACAUAUCCACGGAGAGUCCUUCUCGACCAUGGCAGGCCGCAUCAUCGACCAGGGCCCGUCGAUUCUGAUCAUCGAAGACAACUCGGGCUACAUCUUCGGAGGCUUCGCCCCGGAGGCGUGGUCCCUGGGCCCCAACUUCGGCGGCACGGAGGACUCCUUCCUGUUCACGGUGGCGCCCAAGAUGAGGGUCUACCCGGCGACCACGUACAACGACCACUACCAGUACAUGAACCAUCACACGAAGACUUUACCGAACGGAUUGCUGAUGGGCGGCCAGUUCAAUUUCGGCGGGAUAUGGGUGAACGCGGAUCCUUUCGGCGAAGGGUCCUCGGCGGAGUCGUGCAGCACGUACCGAGGGUACAAGCGGCUCAGCAGGGAGCCCAGCUUCAGGAUCCGGAGCCUGGAGGUGUGGGGCGUCGGCGACAAGCCGGUCAUCGACAAGGACUCGGAUGAACGGGAAGUCAGCGUGUUGGACACCAAUCCAGAAGCCAAAGCCAUCUUAGAGUUGGCAGGUAGAACACGGCACAGCGAGGGUAUCCGCGAACCCCCACCCUUAUAGACACGCUAAAAUAUACCUUAAAUCACUAUAGGUACGAUUGUAAUUGUGUUGAGACUUUUCACCUAUAUUGCUUUGAUAAUAAUUCCAGUGUAAAUGUGUAUGCCAAAUUGAAACUUAUGUCGAUGCGAAGCAGAGAUUAUAAUUGAACGUGCAUAGUUGUGUUAGUAUUCAUUUAAUUACCACAAUGUGCUCUGUAAUUGUAUAUUCUAAAAUCAACUUUAUAUCAAUAGGUGAACGGUUCGAAAUCGUAUUGAAAGUUUGGGGUCUCUUAUAUCAAGGAGUGACAGACUAUUUGAUUUAAGUGAUAUUUAUGCAACUUUACAAGAGAGCCAUUUAAAGUUUGGAAAAAAAUCUUAAAACAAAAAAAAAGCUUUAGUUAUUUGAAUAAGGUAAACUUAACUGAAGUUCAAUUAUAAACGUCGAUCUGUUGAUACUAAUACCGAAUAAAAUGGACCUUUAAUUACAAAGAUAAAUGUCGCUUAAAAAAAAUAGCGUUUCAUCCCUUCAUAUGAUCAUUCGAUAAUAGCAAUUUCAAACGAACAAACAAUGUCAAGGAACAUUUUUUUAGAUAUAUAUUUUUCAUGCAAAUUGUGUGUAUUUUGAAUAAAUUUUUAUUAAACUCUCUCGACUUUCCCGGGACGUGUCGUUUCGUUAUAAUAAUCACGCGGUUUGUUUGUGUCAAUGUCGAACUAGUCUUAAUAUAUACAAUGGCUGUACAAGGUGCCUAUUAUGAAAAUAGCUUAUAUAUAUUUAUAUAUGACGGAGUGACUGGUGACGUCAGCGACUGAUGACGUCAGCAACGUCGUUUUUAACAAAUGAAGACGGUAAAAGUGCGGUGGCGUAGUCAUGAAUCGUCUUGAAGAUCGUUUUAAACAAUUGCUUUCAGGCGUUGGACUUAUAAUAGUUAAUCAACAAACAAUAUCAACAUUAAGGAAACAAUUAACUUUAACUAAUCUUAUUUAACUAAAUAGUAAUGUUGCGCCGAUAUAUAUAUACAUACAUAAUAUGCAUGUGUUUGAAGGUGAUUUUUUCAAAAAAGAAAAUUUUAUUCACCCUUAAACUUUAAAUAGCAUUUACCAGAAAGUAAAGAAAUGUUGGUAAGAUCUUGUCUAGAUCCAACUAUAUUAUUAUUAUAAAAAGUUUUAUUAAUGAAAUCGCUUCGUAAAAUAAACCGUGACCCGUAACAGUAGAGUUCAAUAUUGAAGAACUGGUCACGUCGGAAUAUCUAGUAGGCUCUGGGAAAGACGAAUCCGAAGAUACUGAGAAUGAAUUUAUUUCUAAGAGACCUAAUAGACUAAAUUAACGAACAAAAGAAGGCAAAGUUAGGAAAUCCAUGCUAGGCUUAGUAAUAAAAAUCGACAUAAUUACUUCAGUGCGCCGCGUAGGACACCGGUGACCUACACACUAGUCAACGUGUUAAACCUGAUACCGUCUUUAGGCACGAAAUUCCGAACAUAAAUUUCUUUGAUAAAAGUUUUACGGUAUGGUUCGUAAGCGUUCAGUGUAUCGGCUCAGGUCGUUGACCUCGCAUCAGCUGGUUUUGUAUUGAAUACAUUGCGUGCGACACUAGAAGCAUUGGUAAUGCUUUAUGUCAUCUUCUUUUAUCGCAACAGGUAUCACGGACAUGAAAUUUCGACGAUGCUUCCCCAUAUAUAUGUAAAUAAAGCUAUGUACUUGGGCGCGAAUUUGUAACUUUUUUUUUCUUUCGUAAUACCUUUGAUGUAAAUCGCCGAAAGAUAUGUGAGUCGACUAUUAUCAAAGCCGGCAAUCUGACUUUUGGACAAUGAUUGGUAAAUCAGAAAAACGAAUUAUUGACUUUGUAUUCCAUUGGCAGUCACAAAACUCUUCGGAACGACAUCUUAGAUAAAUAACAGGUUAACUAUUAACCUUUAUUUAAUGCAGGUUUUGAACCGUAUUCUUUGAAGGAGACGAUUAUAUUCAAAUCAAUCUGACUUGACAUAUCAAUAAUUUUUUUUUGUCCAAAUGCACAGAUUGCCACCUUUGAUAAUAGACGACUCAUGUAUCGAUGGCAAACUUAACUGAAAUAUUACGAAUUGAUUGCUUUAAUGCAAUAUUUCAAUGUUUAUGUGAUGUGCUUGUGCAAUUUUACUUAAUGAAUCGCCAAAGGCUUAAAAUAUAAACUUAAUGAAUAUUUAUUUUUAUUUAGUUACGUCCUUAAUGUAUUUUAGGAUCGAUAUAUCGAUGACAAAAAAAUAUGGUGCCGUGAUUACCGUGUUUACGUGUGGUCCCGGGACCUGUGAGUUCUUGGUUUUAACGAACCACAACGGCAGAGUUGACCGCAACAUCUGUAAAGUUGUCGCUAGAACUAAAUAAAGCUUUUUCACGCGACUCGCGAAUUAUCUUAAUGCAACUUUUUUUAGAAGCUCGUUUGGUGACUAUAUUGAUAUUGAUCAAAAACUUCAUCUAGAAAAUUCAAUAUUUAUUUAUUUAUUUAUUUAGACACACCAACAGCAAUACACACAAAACAUUCAAGCUUAAAAUUACCAAGUAUACAAUUAAGUACUGGUAUGUAAGCCAGUUACAGGCAUGUACAGCAAUCUCUUAAGACACUAUGACAUGUUACAGCAAUUUUGUAAACAGCGAAAAAAUAGGCUAAAUUUAAAUUUUAACAGUACUACAAAAAAAAAUAUAAAUAUUUUUUUUAUUGCUUAGAUGGGUGGACGAGCUCACAGCCCACCUGGUGUUAAGUGGUUACUGGAGCCCAUAGACAUCUACAACGUAAAUGCACCACCCACCGCGAGAUAUAAGUUCUAAGGUCGCAGUAUAGUUACAACGGCUACCCCACCCUUCGAACCGAAACGCAUUACUGCUUCACGGCGGAAAUAGGCGGGGUGGUGGUACCUACCCGUGCGGACUAUCUAGACUAAAUAGAUAUCAAUAUAAAUAUAAAUAUAAUUCAAUAUCAAUAUCAAUAUAGCGCAGUGCGAACCAAUCGAAUCCCAUUAAGCCAUCAACGGAAUGCAAAGUCGAAGUUUGUUAAAAUAUAAUCGUAAAAAUAAAUCUGAUAUUCAUAGUUUUUUUUUUAUUGUUAUAAUUCUAAAUGUUAAUUAUUUAGCUUGUUUAAUGUAUUAAAAAUACGUUGCGGUCAAUAAGGAUGCCUGUCACUUUUGACGUCAAAGAUACGUUUUUCUUAAAUGCCUUUUCUGUGUGACGACGUAAUGUACGCACAAUAAUUUUAUAGACACGCACGCUAGGGUUGCCCAUGAUUAAUUUUACUGUUUUCUUUUUAUCUUGCUGUACUACAAACAAAUAGUUUUUUUGUAUAGAAAAGAAUAUUGUAAAAAAAACUUUUCAAAUUAAAUAUAUUAUUCUUGCGUAUUGUAUGUAUUAGCUUCAACAACAAAUCGUACGCUAGUCCAAAGUACAAUAUAGACAAAUAAAUUGUAAUAUCGUUGGCAACCCUGGACUGUCCGCUUAGAUUUAAUAAAUGUAGCAUUUUACUUAAGAUGUACAAAUUGUAUUUCAUUAUUUAUUUUAAUAAAGAUUAAGAUGCAUAAAA